AUGUCACUGUCCCCUGCCCUUCUGGAACCUUCUCUCCCCCCAGCGCCUGCCCUUCUGGAACCUUCUGCCCCCCCACCCCCAGUGCCUGCCCUUCUAGAACCUGCUCUCCCCCAGCACCUGCCCUCUGGGACCUGCUGGAACCUUCUGCCCGCCCAGCACCUGUCCUUCUGGAACCUUCUGCCCGCCCAGCGCCUGCCCUUCUGGAAGCUUCUGCCCGCCCAGCGCCUGCCCUUCUGGAAGCUUCUGCCCGCCCAGCGCCUGCCCUUCUGGAACCUUGGCCCUCGCCGGCGGGUGCCAGGCCUGGCGCUGAGCGCGGGGCCUUCUGGGAGCGCAUCCUGGGGCGGCCUCAGGCCCAGCGGCUCCUGCGGCGCAUGCGCAGCUUCUGGAAGGUUCGGCUUCGAGGUUCAGGCGCCACAGGGACGGCCAGCUCCGCGCGAGAUGACGGUCCUCCUGGCCUUCCUCCUGGCCGUGGGCCUGCCGUGGGUGGAGACCAACGUCACCGAGAUCGGGAGGCAAGGUGGCCUUAUGUGCCACGUCUGCGAGGAAUUCUACAGUUUGUCUUGCACCAAACCCACCAGUUGUGAAACCGACGAUACAUUUUGUGUGACUGUCAUCGUGAGGCGCCGGAGGCUCAGGGCGGGCAGACCCGUGCGCAGCGGUGCCCCUGCGCCCAUGCAGCGGCUGCUGCUGUCUGCUCCCUCAGGGAUGCUGGUGCGUUUCUUCUACGUGUCCCGGCAGUGCACCAGGUCCUGCCCGACGAUCAGGUCCAUCGACAAGCAGGUGGAGCCCUACAAGUCCUACGUCCUCCUGCAGCCGACGCCGUUCCUCUACGCCUCCUGCUGCAACACGCCCCUGUGCAACACCGACAGCCCGUUCAUCAACGACACCGAGUGGAAAUACUACCGCAAGGCGGGGGGCGCCCGCGCCCUGCGCUGCGGCUGUGCCGGGCCGGUGCUGCUCCUGGCACUCGCCGCCAUGUCCCUGGGCCUCAGAGGGCCCUGCGUGCAGGGCCAGCCGGGUGGGCCCUCCAUGGGGGAGCUGUGGCAUUAA